AUGUCUGCCCCCGGCAAACCCCGGCUCACUCUUUGCCGGUCACCUGACAAGGAGACCUUCACCUGUUGGUGGGAACCUGGGGAAGAUGGCGGAUUAGUGACCAACUAUUCCCUGUGGUACAGUGUCGAGGGGGAGGAGUUGGGCUCGGAGUGUCCGGACUAUAGCACCAUGGGCCCCUACAGCUGCUUCUUCAACAAGAACUACACCUCGAUUUGGACCAUCUACACCAUUACCAUCAUCGCCAGCAACUCCGUGGGCAGGAGCAAGUCUGAACCUGGCUUCAUCGACGUCACCUACAUAGUUCAGCCUGACCCCCCUGUCAAUGUCAGCCUGGAGAUGAAGAGGUCCGGUGACCAGUGGUGCCUGUCCAUCCAGUGGUCCCCCCCUUCAGUCGCCAGCGCUGCGUCUGGCUGGAUGACCCUGAGUUACGAAGUUCGACUGACAACAGAGGAGCUGAUGGAAUGGGAGUAUUUUUACGUUGGUUUGGGGACACAGUUCACGACCUUCAGCUUGUGGCCGGAUUCGGCCUACCUGGUUGAGGUUCACUGUAAGGCCGACCAUGGCGUCUGGAGUGAGUGGAGCCCCCGGUCUUGGAUCACCACCCCCCAGGCCCCUGGGAUAUUGGCACCUGGUGUGUGGAUUGCGAUUACUACUCUGUCCUGUCUGAUUGGGCUAGCUCUCAUUGCUGUCUUCAUCAUGAAGAUUGACAGGGUGAGGAAUUACCUGGUACCAGCUAUCCCUGUGCCCAGGAUUCGUGGCUUUGACAUGAAGGCUGGGUGGUCGGAGGGUUUGCUGGAGGGUGUGUGUUUACACCAGUGCUCCGUGAUGCCGGAUAUCGAGUUGGAGUGUGUCGAUGUGGUGGAGGUAUUGUCCGAGCUGGUCAGUGACCACCCAAGACCGGUCCUGCCAGUGGGCGGAGAGAUGGUGCAGCCAAUGGAGACCGUGCAGGACCCUCAGGGUGGGGGUUGUCGUGACCUCGCCUCGACUCACAGGAACAAUCCAACUGCAGCGUCGCACGUCCACCCGAAUGAAAGUUCUGGCCGGAAUCUGAGGGAAGGGGGUGUGGAUGGUCACGGUGUAGUGACGGGACUGACCGAGAAGCAGCAGCUGCCCCCUUCCCUGUGGGAGACAGUUGGAGACAGAGCUCCUGAACAUUCAGGGACAGAGUUGGCCGGUCGUGUGGAGAAGCCGAGAUCUCGGGAUGGGCAGUGCCCCAAGGCCCCCUCCCCUUGGCCACUGGACCGUGCCCUUGCUCAGUACGUCUCACUGUCCGCAGGUCCCUGUGGGCUGCCCCUGACCCUGAGCUCAGGAGAAUCUCCAGCCUCACUGUCGCAGGAUGGGGAGGAGAUGGUCACCUCCGCACCAGAAUACAGCCAGGUGUGGAAUGUGGGCAGUGGCUAG